AAUGUCAAAUUGACACAACUUUCUUCAUAGUUCAUAUUUUUAACGCGUGUUUUUGACGUGUAAUUAUAACGUGAAUUUUAAAGAUAUGUGUAAAAUACAGUAAACAAAAAGACAGAUAUAUUUGUUCCUAAAUAAUGACUACCAUACCAUCAAUAGCCGGCUUAACUAACCGGAACUUGUUCCGGAUUAAAUUUGGGGAACCAUACGAGGAAGUAAAUGUUAGAGAUGAAACUACUACAAAUAUUCGAAGUAUCGUAUUUAGUCCAAAAGGAACUUACCUAGCUUUCCGCACGGAUAAGAAGGCUGAGAUAAUAAAAUGUGCGGACUGGUCAGUUGCUGUUUCAAUUGAUGGAAACUUCAAAGAGAUGUUUUUCUCACCAUUGGAUAAUUAUUUUAUUGUAUGGGAAAUGUACGCUAUGACAAAAGAAAAUCCUCAGGGUAAACCUAAUCUUCAUGUAUUUCAGUCAUCUAAUGGAAAAAAGAUAGAGUCAUUUGUACAAAAGAAUCAGACUGGUUGGGAACCAAAAUGGUCAUCAGAUGAAAAACUAUUUGCGAUACUCAAUAACAAUAGGGUACUAAUAUAUGAAGAUGUAAAACUUGAUCACUACACUCACCACAUCCAAGCAGAGAAAUUGCAAUCUUUUAGUAUAUCACCAAGUGCAGCUCCCACCUAUUAUUUUUCAAUAUUUACAUUAGGUAAAUCAGGCCAGCCAUCCUUCUGGCGCGUUUUCAAGUAUCCCCAGUUUGACCAAGCUGUUGUUAGCCGAUCAUCAUUCCAGGCGGAUAAGGCAACAUUCCACUGGAACAGACGAGGCACUAAUGUUUUUGCUUUAACUCAAACAGAUGUAGACAAAACAGGGAGUUCUUACUAUGGAAAGCAGGCUUUAUCAUAUGGAGACGUAAAGGGCAAUGCUGGGAAUAUGGUUUUCAGUAAAGAAGGUCCCAUCCACGCUAUAUCCUGGAAUCCUGGUAAUUGGAACGAAUGGGUCGCGGUGUAUGGACACGCGCCGGCUAAGGCUACUCUUUUCAACGCCAAGUGCGAUCCGCUCUUCGAGUUCGGAACAGGCGCUUGGAAUGCAAUUUACUUCCCACCCGAGGGGAAUUGGGUGCUAUUGGGUGGCUUCGGCAACAUCGCGACAGGCCACAUAUCAGUGUGGGACGUGCGAGGGUACAAGAAGGUCGGCGAGUGCACGGCUCCCGACACCACGAGCUUGCAGUGGGACCCGCGGGGCGAAGCGUUCAUCACGGCCACCACAUAUCCCAGGCUUACUGUUGGAAAUGGGUAUAAAAUUUGGCAUUACUCUGGCGCACUUAUGCACAAACGUACUUGUGCCGAAAAAGAAAACUUAUUGUCUAUAAGUUGGCAACCUGGUAGUUAUCCAAAAAGCGAGUUGUCAAAAACAGCUCCAAAGAGUAUAGAACAAGCAACUGCGAAGUCGACCGCGGCGUACAGGCCCCCUGGAGCGAGGAACAGGCCUUCGACGUUUGUGUUGCAUGAACAUGAGAAACCUCACAAACCUGGUCAGAGUGUUGAUGCAACACCAUCAAAGCAAGCAAUCAAGCAAAAGGAGAAGCGUGAAGCCCGCAAGGCGCGCAAGGCGGAGGAGCGCGCGGGGGACGCGUCCCCCUCUGCGCCCCCCGCCGCGGCCCCCGCCGCUCCCGGAGCCGCCGCGCGCGCACCCUUCGUGUCCACCGGAGACCCCGACAAGGACAAAAAGAUUAAGAAUAUUAAUAAGAAACUGAGCGACAUUGAAAAACUGAAACAGCAGAAGGCGGCCGGCAAGCCGCUGGAAAUCAACCAGCUCGCGAAGAUCGACAACGAACCGGCCUUGCUGCAGGAGCUGAAUCAACUCAGAUUAUGAUCUAUGAAUGUUAAUAUCUUGUAAACUAUGUAAAUGACAGAUUGUUUUAAUGUCACUUGUUCUAACGCUUUUUUUAUGUAUCACCACUGAGCACUAUUCAUUGAAUUUAUUUAAAACAAGAAUAUGAAAAUCACGGUCGUCACUUUAAUUAUAUAAUAACUAGCUUCCCGUCCCGACUUCGUCCGGGUGAAAUAAAAAUGUUGUUUACUUCCUGAUCGCAGCUGCACUCACUGGGUCCAAUCUAAAUCAUCAUGAGAUCUGAGGGAAACAGCCCGAACAGUUCAAUCAGGAUGACAUACACGUACAGAAGAUUAAAUACUCAAAAUUUAUGUAAAAGAC